AUGGAUUUAUCUUCUAAAGAUGAACUUGUAGUCGAACCAUCAACUGAAUACUUGUACAUAGUCCAUGCUACAGGAAGGCGUUUCAUAGUUAACUUGGACAACAAAACUUGCAGUUGUCGGAUGAUUCAAAUAGACGAAAUUACAUGCCCACAUGCAUGGGUCAUCAUUAAGAAGAAAAAUCUAACGACUGAUGAUUACUGUUUAGAAUUGUUCAAACCAUACACCGUGAUGAAGACAUAUGAUGUAGCCAUGGAUCCUCUCCCUGACGAGCGUGAAUGGAAGCUUCUCACAUACAUAUCAGAAGAUGUAGCUUUGCCACCAAUAUACAAGAGACCUCUUGGUAGGCCGAAGAAUAAGCAUGAUAAGCUGUUAGUUGAAUUGCUUCUUGGGAAAAAAAGACAUGCUUGCAGUACAUGUGGACAGACUGGACACAAUAGACGUUCUUGUAGCAAUGCUUCCAGAAGGAAGUAA